AUGGUGGGGCCGCCCGGGAUCGCCGCCUCCUCCCGGGAUCGCCUCUGCCCGCGCUCGCCGCCUCCUCUGCGGAUCACCUCUGUCCGGAGCCUCCGCUUCCUCCCGGCUCGCCCUGCCCGGGAUCACUUCCGCGGGCCGGGAGAACCCCCCCUAACCCUGGUGUGUGGUUCUGUUCAGCUGCAGAACGAAGAGGAGCCGGGCGAGGCCGUGCCGGUGGUGAGCGAUGCCCCUCCGCCCUACAGCAGCAUUUCUGCAGAGAACACAGCUUAUUUUGACUACAAGGAUGAGUCAGGGUUCCCGAAGCCGCCGUCCUACAACGUGGCCACCACUCUGCCCAGCUACGACGAGGCCGAGAGGACCAAGGCUGAGGCCACCAUUCCCUUGGUGCCUGGCAGGGAUGAUGACUUUGUGACACGGGAUGACUUUGAUGACACUGACCAGCUGAGGAUAGGAAACGAUGGCAUCUUCAUGCUGACUUUCUUCAUGGCAUUCCUCUUCAACUGGAUUGGAUUUUUCCUGUCUUUCUGUCUGACUACUUCAGCUGCAGGACGAUAUGGGGCCAUUUCUGGAUUUGGUCUGUCUCUUAUUAAGUGGAUCCUUAUUGUCAGGUUCUCCACCUAUUUUCCUGGCUACUUCGAUGGCCAGUACUGGCUUUGGUGGGUCUUCCUUGUACUAGGUUUUCUGCUGUUUCUCAGAGGAUUUAUUAAUUAUGCAAAGGUUAGGAAGAUGCCAGAUACGUUUUCCACUCUCCCCAGAACCAGAGUUCUCUUUAUUUACUAAAGAUGUUUUCUGGCAAAUGUCUUCCUGCAUUAGUGAAAUCCCCCCCCAAGAAGCAGCAGGACACCUGCAGGAAGUGAAUCAAGGCUCUGGAGCAGAAGAAAAAAUAAUCACCUGCUUUAAAAUAAAUAAAUAAAAGUACUGUUGGAAAAAGAAAAAAAAAAAAA